UUUUAUUAUUGUUUAGGAAACCAAUGUCUAAAGUUCAUGAUUAAACUUUUAUCUCUGCAUAUAAACAUGUGGACAAGCGUGGCCGGUAAAAAUGGAUGUACAUUUAUUAAGUUAAGUGGAUUAAGAUUAUACAGCAACAUGAAGAAAGCGGUGGCAGUAAAAGUACCAGUAAAGCAAGGUGUUCUGGUUGGACAACAGCAUCAAUUGCCUAGUGGGCUGACAUACGAUUGCUUUCUAGGUGUGCCCUAUGCGGAGCCGCCUGUUGGUGCUCUACGUUAUCGAAGUCCAGUACCGUUGGAACGUUUUGAGCAAUUUGAGCUGAACUGUAGCCAGGAGCGCAGUGUGUCUCAUCAGCGUGAUCCCUUUACCCAAGAAGUAAUUGGCAGCGAGAAUUGCUUGUUUUUAAAUAUCUAUGUGCCCAAAUCGGAGUUGAAGUCACCGCUGCCCGUUAUGGUAUGGAUACAUGGAGGCGGUUUUUGGUUUGGCAAUGGCAACAAGGACUAUACCUUUCCUGCUCAGCUGCUGCAGCAAGAGGUCAUAGUAGUUACCCUGAACUAUCGCCUUGGUGCAUUGGGCUUCCUUAGCCUGCCCGAAGCGGGUAUCUUUGGCAACGCAGGCUUGAAGGAUCAGCGCCUGGCCUUGGAAUGGAUUCAGCAGAACAUAGCCAACUUCAAUGGAGAUCAACAGAAUGUUACGCUGUUUGGUGAAAGUGCUGGGGCAGCUUCAGUGCAUCUUCAUGCUUAUGCGGCGCAUGCGAACAAACUUUUUCACAAGGCUAUUUUGCAAAGCGGCACCGGCAAUAUGGAGUGGGUUUUCCAGCAGGAAGCAAGCUACAAGGCCCGUAGACUGGGUGAACUGCUGCAUGGCCAGCAGUUGGAGCAACCGCACAAUCUGUUGCGAUUCUUACAAUCACCAGAAGUUACGCCCUUGGCAUUACUAGCCAAUACAUUAAAUGUACUUACACCAGAUGAGCGACGUCGUCAUCUACCACUGACUUUCAAGCCAGUUAUAGAGGAUCCUUCCAGCCCAGAUAGCUUCAUCAGUCAACCCAUUUUGGAUCUUAUGCUACAAAAGGAUCGUCUAAAAGGCCUUCCAAUGCUUAUGGGCUACAACUCUGCCGAAGGCAUUGGAAUGAUCAUGAAUGCAACCAAGAAGCUUGAGCUUUUUGAUGAGGAUCUGGCGCGCUUAGUUCCAAGAAACUUAGUCGUUAAUCCCAGGGCUCCAGAGGCCGAAGCUGCCGCCGACGACAUUCGCCAAUUCUACCUUAAUGGACAGAGCCUUACACCCGAUCGGUUAGACAAUCUGGUGGAUAUCUUGAGCGACUUCCAUUUUAAUAUUGACUUGCAAAACGCAGCGGAGAUUCAUGUUCACCGCCAAACCCAAUCGCCGCUGUAUUUCUAUCGCUUUGAUUACGUUGGUGGCCGGAAUAUUUAUAAGCGCAUGCUUGCCUCCGACAAACUGCGUGGAGCUUCUCAUGGCGAUGAGCUCUUCUAUUUGUUUCAAAUGGCCGAUGAUCAGACGCCAGUUGCAGCAGAUGAUGUACACAUCAGCGAGUGCAUCAGCCAAAUGUGGGCUAACUUUGCUCGUUCUAGUAAGCCCUUGGAAAACUGGACACCAGUUCGAAGGCCAAAGAGCCAAUCGCAAGUCUUCCAGUUGGAUUACAUGUGUAUAGACCGGGCGCUGCAAAUGCGACAGAAUCCAGAUGCUGAACGUAUUGACUUCUGGCGCAGCAUGUACAAACGAUACACACCGCAAUGCUACGAAGCAAUUAGAGCCAAGCUGUAACAGUUUUUCCCCAGUUAAAAUAAACAUUAAUGC